AUGAGCUCUAAUGGAAAUGACAGUAGUGGUCAGCCCAAGAACCCUUCGGACUUCAAGGGAGAAGCCAAUCCGUAUAUACCGAAGUUCAUCUCUACUACACCUUGGUACAGUACUACUUCCAAAGAUAAAGAUGGAAAGGAUGUAAAAGACGAAGACAAAAACGACUACCUCAAACACCAGCGGAAGGACCCCAAUGUCGUGGUUGAUUACUCUGUAGCACAAGCUGGUGGAGGUAUUAGUGACGAAAUCGUAGAGUCUGGGAAAAGUGUAGUCAAAAACAAAGUAGACUACGACUCUAAACGAGAUAGAUGGUUUGGAUAUCUGAACGAAGAAUGGGACAAAGUUUUGCAGAAUUGGGAAAAGCUUAAGGCAAAUACUCAGAAGAGGCGGAAAUUGACGGAAACUGUGGAAUUAGACUCAGAUGAUACCGACUAUGAAUUGGAACUAGUUGAGAUGAACUUGUCGCGAGACGAUAUCCGGACGAAUACAAAAGAAGAUCCAUUGGAAAAGAUGAUGAGGGAUCGCCAAGAUGUUCCAUCAUACAUAUAUAACAUCACCAGUGAUCCUAACAACAAAAUUAGAGUGGAGUACGAUCCCAAAUCAAGAUUGUCUAAGGAUACUACGAAGGGAUUCUUGAACGAUGACCAGCAGUUUGUGAAAAAAUUAAGCACAGAGGGCCAGAAUCUCACAGAGCUCCAGAAAUUUGCCUGGGAGAUCGACCAAAAAGAGCAGAAAGAGAGACAGAAGGAGUCUCUUGCAAAGAGUUUGGAAGCAGGCGAGUAUGUGGCACCACAAGUAAACUUGGAUUUAAGUGUAGAAGCCAGUCCAACCUUGAUGAUGAUGAAGCAAAGAAAGCAUAGGGAAGAAUUGGAUAAGGCAAAAAGCUUGAAGAAACAAUCGUUGUUGAACAAGUAUGGUGGAAGUGAAUUCGCUAAUGCUCCAGAAUAG